CAAAGCAUCGAUCCUCAUUCGAGUAACAUAUAUCCCGCCUGAUAGGACCAAUCGAGAUGAGACUUUAGAACUCGCGCUCACGGACACGAUCACCGCCACCGCUCGCUUGGUGAUAUGUUUUGCUGUAAUCCGUCCGUUCCUGCUCGCUCGUUCGCUCUCGUUUGGCCAGAUUAAGCCGUUGCCUUCUUGCGUAUACGAAUGCGCAGAAUUCGUCAUCUCGCUACGCUGCGUGCUCUCCGCGGUUUCGCGCAAGCCGCGCACACGCUCUGCAGCAGAAGAAAAAGGGAGCUUAUAAAUAUUGGACUAUCGGAAAUGGACAAAGCCAGUGUGCAGUGACUACUUCUCGACAGCUGACACAGGUGCGUGGACCAACGUGAAAGAUAGCCGUUGAAGCACGUUUUCCGAGACGGUGCGUGAGCGUGUUGUGUAUAUGUGUUUAUGAGUUUCAAAUUCAUUUUCAUCCCCAAAAAAUUGAGUGCUUACCUUUACUAGUGUAAAUGAGUGUGGGUGGUAAAUAGACAAAGAACACGAAACCGAGCCUUCACCCGGCCCAGUACUCAAAACGGAAGACCAGCAUAUAUUUAUUCUUAGGAAAUAUUACGCAUAGCAACGCACCAACCAAAAAUCCUAACACCUAUCAAAAGUACGUGCGCUGCAUGUUAAACCAACCCCUGUGCAUCAAAGCCUGAUUCAUCGUGCUUGCAAUAUUGAAACGUUUUCUUAUUGCACGAACAAGGUAGCAAGCAUGGAAGGCAUCCUCGGCGGAAGUAUGCUUUUAAGCAAGCUGUCCAAAGUGUUUACACUGUUUUCGCCUGUAACGCUGCUGCUCCUGACUACCGUAUCCUGCGCCAUCUACGUGUACAACAGACGGCGUGCCCAUAUCGUGCGAACCAUCGAAAAAAUUCCUGGUCCAGCUGGUCUACCCAUCAUUGGAAACACUCUGCAAAUCAAUGUGGACCACGACGAAAUAUUCAAUCGCAUCAUCGCUAUUCGGAAGCUGUAUGGAAGAAUGCAAGGGUUCAGCAGAGCCUGGAACGGACCAUUGCCAUAUGUGAUGAUCUCCAAAGCGACCGCUGUGGAGCGCAUCCUUGGCAGCCAGAAGCAUAUUGAAAAGAGUCACGACUAUGAGUUCCUAAAACCUUGGUUAGGCACGGGUUUGCUAACCAGUGCGGGCAAGAAGUGGCAUCCACGACGCAAGAUCCUGACACCGGCGUUCCAUUUUAAGAUUUUGGACGAUUUUGUCGAUAUCUUUCAGGAGCAAAGUGCGGUGCUCGUGAAGCGCCUCGAAACCGAACUGGGCAACGAUAAGGGAUUCAACUGUUUCCCUUACGUGACACUGUGCGCACUUGACGUGGUGUGCGAAACGGCCAUGGGAAGACAAGUGAAUGCUCAGUGCAAUUCCGAUUCCGACUACGUGAAAGCUGUGUACCAAAUUGGAAGUAUCGUCCAAAAUCGACAGCAAAAGAUUUGGCUACAACCAGAUUUCAUUUUCAAGCUAACGCAGGACUACAAGGACCACCAGAAAUGUCUUGGUAUACUGCACGAAUUUUCUAACCGCGUUAUCCACGAACGGAAGGAAGAGAUCCGGCGGCAAAAGAUAAUCAACGAUAAGAACAACAACAACGCGAACCAGGACGGUAACAACAACAAGGACGAUUAUCAAUCACACGAAGAGUUUGGACGCAAGAAACGACUUGCCUUCCUCGAUCUGCUUAUCGAAGCUUCCCAGGACGGUGCCGUUCUGUCACACGAGGACAUUCGAGAGGAGGUGGACACGUUUAUGUUCGAGGGUCACGACACAACCUCGGCCGCCAUCUCAUGGAUUCUGUUGCUGCUCGGUACCGAGCCUACAAUACAGGACCGAAUCGUGGAAGAAAUCGAUCAAAUUAUGGGCGGGGACAGGGAACGGUUCCCAACAAUGCAAGAGCUGAACGAGAUGAAGUAUCUGGAGGCUUGUAUUAAGGAAGGUUUGCGGCUGUACCCGAGCGUGCCGCUUAUUGCGCGCCGACUGACAGAAGAUGUCGACAUCGAUGGAUAUGUUCUGCCUGCCGGUACGACUGCCAUGAUCGUGGUGUACCAGCUUCAUCGCAAUCCGGAGGUGUUCCCAAACCCGGACAAAUUUAAUCCGGACCACUUCCUGCCGGAGAACUGUCGCGGUCGACAUCCGUACGCGUACAUACCGUUCAGUGCGGGGCCCAGAAAUUGUAUCGGCCAAAAAUUUGCCGUCCUGGAAGAGAAGUCCAUUAUUUCGGCUGUACUGCGUAAGUACCGGGUUGAGGCGGUAGAUCGAAGAGAAAACCUAACACUCCUCGGUGAGUUGAUUUUACGUCCGAAGAAUGGCUUACGCAUCCGAAUUUCACGAAGGAUCUAGGUGACAAUUGUGCAUGUAGGAUAGAUACAUUAGUACACAUGGCUAAAAUAACCCAACAUUUAGAGUUUGGAGCGUAAUAACAAUCAUGUGAAAGUAUCAUAUAAAACUCAGUAAGCAAAAUAACGUUUCGCCAAAUUCGUGCAAUCAUACAGUGUUGUUCAAUCAUGAAUAAUUAAAAGCGUUUAUUCAUAAAUUGAACAUGCUUCAUUGCAUUCCUUCUGCUGCCUCCUGCGAGAUAGCAUUGUUUUGGAAAUUUUUGGUGUAACGUGUCUUCUACUAGACUAUACAAACAUAAAUCUUUAGCAUACAGCUGGUUUAUACAGAAUGAUUACUGAAAACACAAACAUGAAAUGCAAGAGCCAAAGCACUUUGUUUUACAUCUCAGCAAAUUUUGUGAACCUACGUAGUACCAAUGUCAAUGGGAUAAGUGGGUUAUACAAGGAAACACAAUAAGAAAAUAAAGCAAAACAUUAGCUCUAUAAUACAA